ACCGCAGUGGCAAUAGGACAUCAAACAUUGCAAAACCUCGACCUGUCGUACGUAACAUCAUUCAAGGCACUCAACAGCACAUCGCAAGCGCUUCAACGCAUUGCUUGUCACACUUUGGGGUGUUGCUGGGGGAGCUCGGCGCAGUCUGGUCGCGCACGCCAAGCAAAGAUGCUCGCCAACCGACAGCCUGCAUGUUGCACUGGGAUUGGGAGAAAAUGCAAUUAUACCAACAUGUACGCUAAAUCGGUCAGAGGCUUCGCGUCGUUUAGCGGUCUAGGAACAGCAACCGACGUGGCUGCAGCCUCGUGGCCGGCAAGUUGUCGACGCUCGCCAAAGCAUCAACAGUUCCAGAGAAAGCGCCUCGAUGUUCAUGCAACAGCUGAACAGAGCUUCUACAACCACAACCACAGCAACAACAACAGCAGCACAAGCAUCCCCGUGACCGACUACCUGCAGCCGGGGCCGCACUCCUCGCUGCAGUUGCCGCUCAUCAGCUUCACGGUUGGCCAGGGCAAGACGGGCCCGCUGGAGUGCAGCCUGCGGGUCACCGUGCCGCAGGCGGCUCCGCACGCCCCGUCGCCCCCCUCUGGCCGCUGGCCGCUGCUGCUGCUGUCCGCCGGCUUCCUGCUGCACAGCGGGCUGUACGGCUCGUACGGCAGGGAGCUGGCGUCGUGGGGGCUGGCGGUGGCGCUGUACGACAUACCCGAGCUGCUGGAUGACGUCACAAUGGUCAACACGCUGGGGUGCAUUAUCGACACAUGCAUGAACGACCCGCGGGUCGCUCCAUACAUAGACCCGCGUGUGGUGCUGCUGGCUGGCCACUCCCGGGGCGGCAAGCUGAGCGUGUUGGCGGCUGCGGGUGACCCACGGGUCAAGGGGGUGGCCCUGCUGGACCCGGUGGAUGUGACCGCCAUGACGCCCGCAGGCCCCGGCUACCCCUCCGCCCUGCCCGCCAUGCGGAUCGCCUGCAGCCCGCCCCGCCGCAUGCCGGUGCUGGUGGUGGGGGCGGCGCGCAACACGGACGUCAUUCCCGCGGACGCCAACUACAGGCGCUUCGUGAGCAGCUGCCCGGGGCCCUGCUGGUCUCUGGAGCUGCUGGGGGCGGGGCACCUGCAGUUCCUGGAUGCCAGGGUGGAGCUGCUGAGCAUGUUCGUGGGGAGCGGCAGCACGCCGGAUGAGGCGGUGCGGCGAGUCAGCCGGGCGGCCAUGGCGGUGUGGGCGCGGGAGCUGGCGGUGCCCCUGGCGCGGGGGGAGCCGGUUGGGGGGCAGCAGGUGACGGAGCGGCUGCGGCAGGCCUCCGCCGCCCUGGAGCAGCUGGCCCCUCUGUCGUACUCGGUCAAGGGGUUUGACCACCUGGGAGCCCCGGGGAGCUUUACGUACGGCAGCAGUAGUAGAGGCGAUGCUGGCAAGCGGACGAGCAGUAGCAGUGGCGGUGAUCGUGAUAGCAGCAGCAGUAGCAGCAAGGAUGGAAGCAGCAGUAGCGAAAGUGGCAGCGGUGCAGGAGGCGGUGCAGCAGCGGCUGGGGCGCAUGAGGAGGGGCGAUCAGGCGCCACCGGAUCCUCUUUUGCGGGACCGAGCGCCUCAGCUGCGGCAGCUGGGGCCUCGGGCGCCGGCGGUGGCAGCCGGUUGGGAGGCUGGAGUCGCGAGCAGCUGCAGGGCAUGCGGGCCCGGGAGCUGAAGGCCCUGCUGCAGGAGCGAGGGGUGGAGUGCUCGGAUUGCUUUGAGAAGGAGGACUUGGUGAGGAGGAUCCUGGAGAGGUGUUGAGGGGGCGCUGCGGAGCGGCUGGAUAGAGAGUGUCGAGGAGAGCGGAGGGGUGGAGUAGAGGGGGACUUUGGGCUGACAUGCCCCUGAGAUGCGCAUGGGAGGGGUAGUGUGGACAGUGGGACAAGUGAGAGCGGUGAUGUUGCAGGUUUAGCUUCCGCAUUAUGACUUUAUGAGAGUUCCGAGUUGCAGGAGGGAGAGAGGGGAGGGCCAGGGCACGCGUUAGUUAUUACCGAAGCAUUAAACAUUUGGUUUUGAGUGCACGACACCACCCUGAGUUCUGAAAGCUCAGCGACGGGUGCAGUGUCGCAAGUAUAACGUUGAGCAUAGUGGCUUGCCUUAGCUAUUAACACCAGCUGUCGUAACCGUUCCACAUCUGGAUGACGGCUUGGUAAGUAGGGCAGCCUGCAUUGGGUGCAAAACCUCAACCUGGCCUGCCAACUGUGUGAAGGAAACUGGCCGCGAGUCUGUGUUCCAUAUAAGCAGUUGAAAGCCCAGCUUCAUAACAAUGCACAUGCUGCUCCUGCGGUCUCUUAACCCUGUCAUUAUGCCUAGCCUGCGGAUGUAACGCUUGAUAUCAUG